GGUAGGUCAACAUGUCCUGUUGCUCUGUUCUACUAAUCUUCCCCCAGCACACUCGGAGUUGGACCCUGCAGCUGCACACUUAAUUGCACACAAUACUUGCACAGAUCAGCAUAAUCUCUCUUCUCUAGAUUUACCGUUUUGAAAUGCUGAUGGCUUUAAGUUAUGGUAGUCAGCCUAAUCUGCUUCCACAGCAGUACCCUCCUCCUCUACUGCCAAAACCAGGGCGAGACAAUGCCCGUCUGCAGAAACUCCUGAAGAAAAAUGCCAAGAAGAAAGUCGGCUCUUCCUCUCAGACACCCAUCCCAUUCAGGUCCAAUUUGUCGCCAGUCAAUGAGGCCAGCCCUGACCUGGAGCACAGUGACCACUCCACCCCUCCAAGGACUCCAGAAACCCCUCUCUUCAGCAGGACCCUCGACUCUCAAUAUUCCUCCAGCAGCCCGUUCUACCGUCACUCCACCUCCCCAUACUUAUACCCUGCCAACAGCUCACGCUACAGCUCUACGCCCACACUGUCGGCCCAAUCGUACUCUUACCCUGCCCGAUCACUGGAGCACCAGAUAGCACCUCUAUACACAUGCUCAUCUAUCCUUUUUGAUGAUGACUCGGAGCAGGCCACAGACUCUGACCCAGAUACGUCCUUUGAGAUAGCCUUCAGUCAAACCCUUCAGUCCAUUUCCUCAAGAGCAGGGACGACUCAUGGCACAUUCGGUGAACGACAGACCUAUCAAGCCUCAGUACAAAUGCAAGCUCCCCCUUUGGCUCCAGUUCAACCUCCCGCUCCAAAUUUGACAUCGGCCUGUGCGCCGGGUUACCAGACACAGCCUUCCAUCUCUCAGGUUCCAGUGAGCCAAUCCAACAGGGAAGGAUAUAAAAACGUUGCACCUGCACCCAUUACUCACACACAUCUCACACAUAAUCACGUCAUGGAAACAGCUGGGUCACACUUCAAGACUUCCACAAUGGAGAAAAUAGCUGCUUUUCCACAAACAAGGAUUUAUACUCCAAAAACCUCCUUUUAUGAGAUAUCAAAGCCACCUAUUCAGGACUCCUGGACCUGUGGUUCAACGUUUCAAGGAGAAGUACAAUUUAAUGCAAAAAAUCCAGUGAUAGAUGUUAAACAAAAUUCAGGGAUGCUGGCUGAAGCUCAAACACCUUCUAGUCAGAUAAAUACAUAUGUAACCCCAGUUACAGGGGCAAAAAGACCUGUUUUGGAGGCUUCUGCAGAUAAUCAACCCUUAUUUAACUCUACAUUAUCCACCACAACGGUCUCUACAGAAAACCAAAAGGGGCCCAUGCCUCAAAAUCACCGGCUCCAGCCUCCCUUAUCGACUAGUGUAAAAGCUAAAAGUGCAGCUGUUGAUCAUGAUGAUGCCUUGAAAAAAAUUGCCGUGGAUAAAAUAAGGAAUUCCAUUCCAAAUGGUGUUGUGUUCACCACAGGACUCAAACCGUUCAUUUCUAAUGCCUAUUCUGAGGAAUGCUUGACACCAAAGAUUUCUAAAUGUGAAGUUUCCUUAUCCAAGACCCUUGCUGAAGCUAGUAAGUCAAGCUCUAGAGCAUGUGAGGUGCUUACAUCUACAGUUCCACAGGAGUAUCCAAUGACUAAAACUGAAACUUCAGAAACCUGUAUAAUGACACCAGCCAAGGCUGUUCCAACACAUAUAAGUGAGGAGACGUCCAUGCUUGUACUCUCCCGAAACUAUCAAACACCAAGUACGCCUGUAUACUGGUCACCAAGACCACCAGCACGCUUUGUGGGCAACCAGAGGCCAUCACAAAAUGAUACUAACAUCCCGAAACGAAAGUCAAUAUACUACGGUUUGACACCUGCUGAAUAUGCUGCUUAUGGUGGAAUCAAGGUGAAUUCACAUGGUGAUCCAUCUGUAUCUAAGCCUGAAGUACCAGAAGAGUUUAAAAACAUGACAUGUAAGAAUUACAUGUCCAAAUCUCCAACUCAAGAAAAGUUCAGCAUCAUAUCUGAUUUCAAUGCAGAGAAACCCACAGAGGCUUUACAAACUUCAGUGGCUGCGCUGCCCUCACAGAUCUUGAUGACAAACCAAACGAAGGCACAAGUAUCUGACAAAACUGAAAUACAAACUAUCAGCAAUUCCACUUCAGAAAUACCAGUUCAAAUUCUGAAGGAGAAAGAGACAAUCCCUGGAGUAAAACCAAUGCCUCUAGCUUUAAAUCCUGAAGAUACAAUGUACCAUGGGCUUCAAACUACACCUUUAAGAAUGGCCAUAAACCCCACUGCUGUAGCAGAGGCUCCUAGACAACUAAAUUCAGGGUCCACAGACAUCGCCACCCCUCCUUUUACAGCAGAGGGGAAAAAAAUGCCAACCUACCCUUUUCCUCUAGUACAGUCAAAUAUUCCGAACUCAGAUAUAACCGGAUUGUUAACAAAGAAGUUCUUGUCGGUUCAAAAUAUCAGACAGCAAAUGGUGCAGUCAGAGAAUGCACACAGAUCUAUAUAUCCAACAGAAAGCUUUAAUCCUGCAUCAGUGAAAGCAAUGCAAUUACAAGUUUCUACAAAUCAAGAACAGAAAACAAUGUCAUGUUUAUCCAAGUGUUCUUUAGAAACCCAUCAGACUUACUCUGCUGUCACUGACUCUACUACUACUACCGAUCCAGGUAACGAACUCCACAAUAUCAUGAACACCAAAAAUGAAAGCUUCAAUAAACUCACAACAAACUCAACCAAUGUCACAGACUCUAGAAUGCCAUCUGCAGACACCAGAAGUUACACUAAAGUCCCCCCUGAUAUUAAAUCUACAGCCCUCUCAAAGUUGGAGGAAACUCACUCAAGCUCAAGGUUAGGUGCAUCUAUCUUUACAUCCCCCUCAAAGACAGAAAUAUCCAGACCUAGAGCCUCAUGUAUGUCUAAUGCAGACAGUCCUGAUGUUUUGCCCAAAUCAAACAUAUUUAAUCCUCCAACUCCUGCUAAAACAGAUAUAUUUAAUAGUACAAGUCACUCCAAACCAGAGGCAUUUCAACUGGCAAAUACAUUUAAAUCAGAUAUAUCUAAUUCUGUAGUUUACUCUAAAUCAGAAGCAAAUAAAACUGCAGUUUUAAUAAACCCAAAUUCAACACCUUCCUCAUUGAAACCCAUUACUAAAAUCAAUCAAACCCCUGAAGAAACCAAAGGUCAGCAGAUACAGAAACAUGACAUCAAUGUGCAAUCUAUUCCAAGCCCUUCAAACAAAACAAGCAGAUCAUCCAAAGUCCCCUCAGAAGCACAGAUAUUUUCACCUGCACCUAACACUGAAGCCCCAGUCACCCACCUGGCAAUGGAUAAAUCUUCUAAACUAGACAACAGCAAAGAAGGAUUAAUACCUCUAAGCACUAAUAUAAAAGAGCUAAACUCACCUACAGAUUUGGCAUCAGACUUACAGGACUCCAAUAAAACAAAAACUGAUUUCAAAGCUGCAGCUAAAGUUACGGUUGAAUCUAAAUUAAGCAAUUCAACAAUGCAACAAAGAAAUUUAAAAGAAAUGAUCAAACCUUCAAAUAACGUACACCAAGACACCAAAUCAAAUAUGGAAAUUGUGGAAACCAAAUCCGUAAAAUCUGAUACUCAAAAGCCUUUACCGUCUUCAAAUAUGAAGUCUCUUCGAAAAGCUCUAAGUGCAGAAAAUAGUCUUGCCGCCAUGAUUCUCAAAGCUGCCAAAUCUCUACCACUCUCUGCAUCUGAAAGCUCUGCUAAAUCCCAGACACAAGCCAAAGUAUCUCAUUUGGAUGUAAAGCCACAACAUGCUCAGGAUUCAAAAGUUGAUCUUGUCACAGAUGCUAAAGUCAAAGUGUUGAAGUCUGAUACCUCAAAACCUCAAAAGUGUUCAAAAGAUUCAUUAGUAACUGAAAGGCAAAAUGAGGCUGUAGCCACUGAAGAUGGCAAGUUUAAAGAGACUCUCUCUGAACCCACACUAGAUGAUCAGAAGAGACAAAAUGAUGAACCUAUGGGUGCUCAGAAACCCAAAGGCCUGAAGGCCAAGCUCAGUGGCUGGACAAGGCUGAAAAAGCACAUGGUGGUUGAACCUGAAGCCCCCAGUUUUCCAGAGUCUGAGGUGGAUAAAAAUGCUCAGAAAGCAGAUAUAAAAAUAAGUGGUAAAGACAAGUCUGGAGGGGCCAAAGAAGAGUCAUUGGGUGGACAGGAUGUGCUGAAAAAGAAAGAUGAGCCCAGGGCAACAAAAAUGUGGGAUGCUGUACUAUUUCAUAUGUUUGCAACAAAGGAGAACAUUAUGAAUCAGAUACAUAGCAACAAAACUGAGGAUGAGCGGAAAAAAAUAGAGAAUGAUAGUCAGUUAGUCCCAUCCUUUGUCCAUCGCCUGCCCAUCCUUCUCUACAGUCCACGAUUCAAUGCCCGGAAGCUGAAGGAGGCGGCUGCGAAACCUCUAAACAAAAUAGCAACCACCUUUGAAAGAGGGCUGCUGCAUCGCAAACAGAAAGGUGAAGAGCCGAAAGACUUCAACAGAACAGCCAAGGGAUUUGGUGCAUCUACAGGAAAAACAGCAGAUGUUUGAUUGCAUUUCAAAUGUACAGUUGACUUUAACUACAAGUUUAUACAAUUAUGUAGCGUUGUAGUACUGUAAAUUUAUUUCAUGAAAUCAACAACAGCGAGACAAGCAAGCUAUGCACUGCGCUCUGCUGUGAGCAGUGCAGUAAGGGCUGGUCAGCAGAAAUGGAGGCCUAGUGCAUUCCUGCAUUGAGAGGGCGAAUGAUGGGUGCAGCUGUUCGGGAUGUGGCGAGUGAGGAAGUGAGCAAGGGCUGAAAACGUAAUGGUGAGAAUGAUCAAACAAGGAAAGUGGCUCAGAGUGAAGCGUGGCAUCCAGGAGAUGUAUGCUGGGUUUAGGUUUGCUUUACGUCAGCUGAGCUGGGUGGUGCGAGCAGACGUGUUUAGAAUAGAGAGCUUCAGAAUGUGACAUUUUGAGCGGCGUCAAGAGUCCUGCUCAGAAUGAGUUAUGACAUGAUGGUGUUGUUGUUCAUGUACAGUGGGGGCCAAAAUUAUUAGAACACUAUUAUUUUCACCAGUUAAAAAAAUGCUUUUAAGUCAGUUAUUUCUAUGUUUUUCUGCAGUGUGUCAGUAAUAUCAGUUUACAUUUCCAAACAAAAAUUUUACCAUUAAUUGUAAUAAUCCAGUGAGAUUUUUGUUUGCAGAAGGAGCCUGUCAACAGCCAGUGCUCCACACAGAGAUCUAAUCUUAUCAUCAUCCAGGCUGUCUGGAAUGACAUGAAGAAACAGAACAAACUGAGACAGACUAAAUCCAGAAGAACUGUGGCAACGUCUCCAAGAUGCUUCAAGAAACCUACCUGCAAAGCAACAGUCCUGUUAAAAGUUUCAGGCACUUGUGUAAAAAUGCUGUAAAAUAUAGACUAAAAAAAGCAGUUUUUGCCCUAGGUGUACUUGCGCGCAGUUUUGCAGGUAGGUCUCUUUAAGUGUCUUGGAGAUGUUGCCACAGUUCUUCUGGAUUUAGUCUGUCUCAGUUUGUUCUGUUUCUUCAUGUCAUUCCAGACAGACUGAAUGAUAAUCAGAUCAGAUCUCUGUUUGGAGCACUGGCUGUUGUCAGACUCCAAAAAUCUCACUGGAUUAUUACAAUUAAUGGCAAAAUGAAUGUUUGCACUGUAAAAAGUGAUAAGUUGACUUAACUUAAAAAAAUUUAGGAAAUUAUUUACUUAAUAAUUUUAAGGCAAUGGGUUUCCUCAAUUUUUUUAAGUUAAGUCAACUUAUCACUUUUUACAGUGUGGAAAUGUAAACUGAUAUUUCCUACUGUCACACUACAGCAAAUGAUAGAAAAGAGACUUAAUACUAGUGUUCUAAUAAUUUUGGCCACUACUUUGAGGAAAAAGUGGAAAAGUAUAACUAGAACAUGUAGGGAAGACAUUUACAUCUCAAGGUGCUGAUCAUGGAAUAAGACUAAAAUGUACUGUAUGUGAUCCCCACUUUGUGUCAUAAAAACUAGUUUCAGAUGUGUUAUUUUUUAACAUUCUUUCUUUCUUUUUUAAGUUUAAAACCAGUGUUGGAUGUUUUCUUACUGACACAUUUCUAGUGAAAUGUUGCAAGUGAUUUCAUGCUUAUGUAUUCAUUUCUUGUUGAGUGUCAUGAAUACUGAGCACGCUUAGACUGAUAGAUGUCAGGACAGGAGGCAUGUGAAAUUUACAGAAUACUACCUAGGACUGCAGGGGGAACUCUUUAUAAGCUUGUACUUCAGGGAUCUCUGUUGCAAAACCCAAAUGACUGUCAUGUCAUGCCCUUUACUCACUCCACAUGCACAUAGCUCUGAGUAGUUCAACUUUGGCACGGUUCUGAGACCUAGUUCUGUGUAGUAGCACAGAGUUGGCUGCGAAGAUCCUAAAUAAACCCUUCAAACAGAACCAGCACAGAGUGCAUUUGUUAUGCAAGAUAACAGUGAGAAACCACAAUAAAAUAUCUUCAACAAUUAAUCAUCAUACACUGCCCUACCCUGUGCACCCAUAAGGUGUACAUCUAAGUGUGUUUGUUUUUGUAGAUAAGCAGCAAUGUACAGCACAUUAUCAUGUUUUAGUUACUUUGAUAAAGCAUGAACUAUUUCUGUAUAGUAAUGAACAUGCUGAGUUUAUAUUUUGCUAUUUUGAAUAAAAGAUUUUAAUAAAGAAAGUAAAU